GACCCUGUAGUCGCAUGCGACUUGGCAGGCUGACAGCAUGAACUUAAAUGUCCCCCACCCUCUCCCUGGUCUAUCAUUCGAUUCAUUCAUGGAUUCCUUGGGGUGUGUAUUGGAAUCUUGUUGACUUCAUCUUCUUGGUAUAGUUACUCUCAUCUCGCGCCAGCCGUCUCUAGGCUCAAGAAAGUGACAAGAGCCGCGGGAGGCGAAGAAAGAUGCACAAUGAUGACGAGAGACCGAAGAACAUCCCACCCUUCACGCCGAUGUCCUCGCUCGGCCACGAGUUGGGUGUUAUGUUCGCCUUUCUUGCGGCCUGUUUCGUGAUUAUGGGUUUGUAUGUCUUCUUUUGGCGAGCGUUCGAACGCCGGGAGGCACAAAGAGAAAAGGCCCGCAAAGAGCGGUUUACGAGGAGAGACGUCCACCAUGGGCGCAGCGGCAUCCCCGAGAAAAUACAUGAUAAUCGGAGAGUCGAGUUACCGGCGAACAGCAGAUAUGAACUCCCAAAUGGGUAUGAGAAUGGAGAGAGAUCGACAAACAUGAAGAUGGGUUCAGCUGGUGCUCGGGUGAAUCGAGCGGAUGGCUGGAUGGAGAUGGAUAUUCUGGGUGCGCCGCGGAGGUGACAAUUCCGUUUUGGAUUAAUCCACACUCUUGUGACAUGUUCUUUGCUUGGCCAUCUGUUCUUUUGUGUAUCUUCAGGGGGGCGUUGGGCUUUUUUGGGGUUGCUGGCCUACGGCAAGUCAAAGGCGAGCGUUAUUGCCUUUG